AUGGAUGUGGUCGGACCAGAGGGACUUCAGUUUGACGAUGAUGGGAUGGUUCUCCCACACAGCAUCUUGGGUAGCCUAGAGGAUUUUAGAAGUUAUCUCCAGGCCAAAGGAGAGACGGAUUUGGUAAAGCGGAUACCAAAGUCCUUUAGAGAUCUGACAUCUGAGCCCACAAGGAGGCCAAUCACCAAUGUUGUGAUAAGGAAGGUCCUUUCAAGCCAGAAAAACAUCCAGAGUAAUGCCCUGCAGCAGUGGAAAAAACAAAUGAAACAACGCAGAGUGCAGCAGGAUCUUUUAUCAUACGUGUCAGACAGGCCGGUGGAUAACCUACUGAUGAACCAAGCUAACCAUUUUAGAGAAACUCAGGAACAGAGGGAAAUUCUGAACAAAGUCAUGCCACUCGUCCACUCUGGAUUUGGCUAUCGUGUGGGCAGUGAGUUUUGGAGUCUCCCACAGCGUUAUGGAGAUGAAAUGAGUGGUAUUGCAGCCACUCUGACUCAAGCUGAGCUGGGCCGACAGAAACCUGUCACACAUGUAGGAAUACCCAACAGUAUACGCCAAGAAUUAGGAAUCACGUCUGAUAAGAAAGUGUGUUCAGCCUCUCAGACGUGGGACCAGAGUGCAUAUCUCCAGCACAAAUACCAGGAGCUGAGCGGGGUUUUGCAGGACUUGGACAUCAAAAAGCCAGACAUCAGUGGACUGGAGGUGAUUGGCUCUGGAAAGCCAUUCAUCCCAGCAUGUCAAAGUCCCUUAGAUGAGAAGGAGCGAGAAGAUAAGGAGAUCAAGGAGAAGUUUGAUCCACUUGUACAGUGUGAUGAUGUUCAGGCCGAAGCUCAUCCGGUUCCUGCUUUGAGGUUCUGUGGGGAGCUCGCUCGCUGGACUGGAAACUCAGUUUCUAACCAGGGAGAAGUAGGAAUAAGUGCUACUAUAUUCUUUGAGGCCCAAACUGGAGAAAUAGCAUCGUCCCACAUGGAGCUACAUAAUGAGGGCAGCGCAGCCAUCUUUUACGGCUGGCAGCAGCUGCCAGUGCCACACAGCUUUCCUCACCUGUGCCCACAAACAAAGAAACGACACUUCUACUUCAAUUCCUCCUCUGGUGUGAUCCACCCCGGGGACACUAAGCAGGUGGAGUUUAUAUUCAAGUCAGAAAAACCAGGUAUCAAAACUGAAUUUUGGCAGCUCAACACCCAUCCUGUUUUACUGCAAGGGGCUUCCAUACAACUCAAGUUGAGAGGAGUGGCUCUUUGCCAGGACAAAACUGCAGAUCAGAGGCUUUUCCUCGAGACAAAAGUGGAGAAGGUAGUUGUAGAAAAAAUAUGUCGGUCAAUAGUGUCUGAGGUGGUUCAGAGGGUCCAAAGCCCCGAAAGACCCGGCUCCCCUGCUGAACUUUACACCACUGAAGAGCAACAGUUCCGGGACAAAAACCCUAAGUACUUUGAUCAGCCAGUGGAAGACCUUAAGAGACUCUGGAAGGAGCUGAAUCAAGCUCGCCCCUGGGACCUGUCUGUGGACACACUCCGACAGGUUGUGCUGUCUCUGCCUGAUGAAGUAAAAACUCCGGACUCCCCCACAAAGGAAGAGAGUCUUGUCCAGCUCAACUUGUUGCUUCUGCAACUUUCUGAGCCCUCUGAACUGACUCACUGGCAUUUAUCAGCUUUGGCUAUGGGGCAGCAGCUGUGGAAGAAUCUUCUGGACACCAUGUGUGAUCAAGACAUAAGGCUGAGAAAUCUGCUGGGCCUCCCAGAAAAAGAAAUGUGGACUGAUAAAAUAAGUGAAUCCAUCAACUCUGACCCUGAUUUGCACAACUCACUUCUAUCUAGUCGCACCUUAGAUUCUGUUGAUGACCCCCCCAAAGAAGAGAAGAACGAGAAAAAAGCAGGCACAGGAGCAGCAACUGAGAAAGCCCUGGAGGUUUAUGUUCUCGUUGAGGACCUAUUGGACAACCUCUGUGACCUCCUGGACGAGAUGGAUGUGGGAGACGGGACACAAAGCACAGGGGGAGGCCGGCCCGGCGAUUUACGACCAGAUUGGUAUGCUGUAACCUCUGACAGAAAGGAGGAGCCUUCCCUGGUGAAAGUGCCACAUCCCCCCCCAUCUUCCAUCCCCCCUUUCCUAACUUGCAGAGCAUUCACUUGUCCCUCUCUCUCUGCCCACCUUUCAUCCCGUGUCACCAUGACAACAUCAGCCCUGCGCCGGCAGGUGAAGAACAUUGUGCACAACUAUUCAGAGGCGGAGAUCAAGGUUCGCGAGGCCACUUCAAAUGAUCCAUGGGGCCCAUCUUCGUCUCUCAUGUCGGAGAUCGCUGACUUAACCUUCAAUGUGGUGGCGUUUGCUGAGGUCAUGGGAAUGAUAUGGAAGCGCCUCAAUGACAGCGGCAAGAACUGGAGACACGUAUACAAGGCCCUGACUCUGCUGGAUUACCUGCUGAAGACGGGGUCGGAGAGAGUGGCCCAGCAGUGCCGGGAGAACGCGUUCUCUAUUCAGACAUUGCGGGACUUCCAGUACGUGGACCGUGAUGGCAGAGACCAGGGGGCGAACGUUCGGGAAAAAGCACGGCAACUGGUUUGUCUCCUGCGGGAUGAGGAGAGGCUCCGUCAGGAGAGGAGUCAGGCCCUGAAGACCAAAGAGCGAAUGGCUGGGGGAGGCACCGGAGGUGGCGUCCAAGGAGGUCUCCCCCCAUCUUAUCACCCGGGCAGACGCACGAGUCAGCCCAGCAUGGCUGUCCUGUACGGGGAAGAUUUGAGCCGCUCCAGAGGCUCCCCGUCCUCCUUCAACUCGUCAUCCUCGUCUCCACGUGCCGCCUCUGACCUGGAACAGGCUCGGCCUCAGACCAGCGGGGAGGAGGAGCUGCAGCUCCAGCUGGCCCUAGCCAUGAGCAGGGAGGAGAGUCAGAAGCCAAAGAGAAGCUCUUCGGUAAUGGCCGCGUGUCCGAAUGAGCGGGUGUUCAUACUCUGUGCCGGUGAUGUCACGCUGCCGCCCCUGCAGGAGCAGCGCUGUCGCCAAGGAGACGACUCGCUCUUGCAGAAGGCAAUGGAUGAGAGCCGGCGAGAGAGCCAGUCAGGGACACGCGAGUCCGCUAUGUUGGACCUUGUUGACAUAUUUGGGCCCUCUACUGAGCCCCAGCCUCCUUCUGGUGACCCUUGGAACUCAGCUCAGCCCUCUUCUAACGUCGCCUCGGACCCCUGGGACUCUGUAGCAGUCCACUCCAGCACUCCUGUGAUUGGUAGCCCCUGGAGAGUCCCUCCCUCCUCCUCAAACACAUCCAAUCCUUGGGCUCCAUGUGCAAACUCACACACAGACCCCUGGGAAGCCACCCCAGCACCAUCCAGUCCUCUCAAUAAUGCCUGGGAGAGCCCAACAGAUGGGGAUGAUGAUGGGACAGAUCCGUUCACUGGACAGGAAGAGGUGAAGCCUAAACAGGAGGUUCCCCAAGUAUCCUCUCCUCAACCCGCCAGCCCCACAGAUGCUGAGUUGUUUGGGGUAAAUCAAGAAUCUGACUUGUUUUCUGAACAAAACAAAGCAGAUCCAUUUGGACCAGAACCACCUUUUAAGGCGCAGGUAAAUGGAAGAGAGUCCAAUAGCCCGGAGAUGCUCGACCUGUCCCGGCUAGCAGCCCCUCUAGGCGCUCCGCGGAUUUGUCGGACUCCGGAAGCUUUCCUGGGUCCGACGGGGGCAUCGCUUGUCAAUUUAGAUGCUCUCAUACCUCCUACCCCGCCCAGCAAGGCAAACAACAACCCGUUCCUCUCAGGUCUGAGUGCGCCCUCUCCCACCAAUCCAUUCCACUGCGACCAGCCGCGUCUCACCCUCAACCAAAUGCGACCGUCCUCCACCUCCCCGCUGCCCCCCCACAUGUUGUCUUACAGCCCGUCGCUGCCCCUCCCUCUGCUCCACCAGCCGCCCGUGCUCCCCUCGUCCCUCACGCAGCCUCCCGCCGGACUCCUGGACCUUCCCUCAAACCUCCCCCAGCCCCUGCUUCCUCUCUCUCCGCGGCCGGCCCCUCGCACUCAAACACAGGCGCACAGCCACAACCCCUUCCUCUGA